GCGGCGGUGCGGAGUUGAAAAGACUGGAGGAGCCACUCUUGCAAUCCGAAGCGACAAACCAAAGCACUGGUGGAAUCCUCUUCCUGGGUAAGGGCUAAGGGAUAACCAUAUUUAGGGCAAACUCGGCUCCUGAACUAUCUCCUUAAGGAGUUCAAAUCUGAGGUUCUGAAAUUCUACUUUUUCCAGAGUUCUCUCUCCACUUUGUCUCCUCAACUUCCAUGUCCUAAUCUUUAACUCAACACACCAAAUUCCACAAGACGGCCUCUGAUUUUCAUAUCGGAGCGGGAUGACGGUUUUCCCGGCAAAUGUCUCAGAUGUCGUUUCCAGGUUUAAUCCAGUUGGGUCAUCCUAAACUUCCACACUUUCGGAAUCAAAGAGCUUAUUCUCACGGGAUCAGAACCAGUAUCUUAAACCCCUUCACGAUUCUCGGAGGGAGUGUCUUUUAUAACCAGACAAAGUAUGUUGGUUGCAAAUCUACGGUAUCUGUAACUGCUACCCAUCAACCUUUGAGCUCUCAUGACCGAUUACCCCCAGAGCCCUUCUGGUUGAGCCUUCUUAAGGAUUUCAUCUGGAGUCUGAGAACUCUGUUCUCGUUUCUGGCUGAGCAACCAGGCCAGCUUAAACACGUAGAGUGGCCGAGUUUCAAAAGCACGCUCAAGACCGCCACACUGAGCCUUGUACUUGUAGCCGUCUUCAUUGUGGCACUUUCAUCUGUGGACUCCGCUCUUUGUUACGUAUUAUCUCUGGUCUUGAGGAAAGCCACGUGAGCCGAGUGAAUGAAGCAUUUUGCAAUCUCAAGGCAUUCAAAUAAUCGGAUUGGAAAACAUUCGCUAGCUUCUGAAGGGAUCAGAAUCGUCGAAACGUUAUCAGGAUGUCUCAAGGCGCACUUGGCAUUCCCCUUUUUUCAUUUCUUGUGCCAUGCAAGGAUAAUGCUCGUGUAGGAAAAAACCCACAUAAUAGUUAUAAUAAAAAGCUCUCUGCUUUUCUAUUACACAAGUAGCUUGCACAUAAACUUCCAAGUAAGCGACAGUUAUUUGGUUCCUUAUUGAAAUGUGGUCGCUUCUUAUUCUUGUUACACUUUUGUUUUAUUAUUUGUCAUGUCAGCCUUCA